UAUAAUAUAAACACGCGGCGCCCGCGCCGUCUCUUUCGUGCGCUACUGCGGUGUGGGCGAGAGCGAGCAAGAGGGAGGCCGGAGGCGCCAGCGCGGGCCAGCCUCUAGCGCCUCAGCUCCCACCGGCAUCUGCUCUCCCCCGGGGAUAGAUCGCGACCCGGGAAUUUGCAUUGGUGCGCCCCGUCCCCGCGCGCCCAGCCGAUCCUGAUUCCCAUUCCCCCCGUCCGGCCGGCCGCGCGCCAUGGCAAAAGGCAAGGAGCACCGGCCGCGCGCGCCACCCACCGAUGGUGGUGGUGGUGGGCUCGCCAGGGCGCUGCUGCUCCACGUCGCCGCGCUGUCCACCGCCGGCGCCGUCGCGGCCGUGGCCGCCCUGGCGCGGCGCCGGAUCAGGGGGCCCAAGAGCAAGGAGGAGGUGCCCGCGGCCAUGCCCGAAAUGCCCAGGCCCCGGGUGGCCGAGUCCGGCCGCUUGGAGGACCUCGAGAAGUUCUCGCACUACGUCGCGAGGCAGAUGGGGUUCAAGGACAUCAACGAGUGCCCACAGCUCUGCAAAUUGGCCAACAACUACCUCAGGAGCAGCAAGAAUUGCAUGGAGGACAUCUACGGGUUCUUGGCGAAUGUCAAGGACGCCGAGUCCCUCUAUGCCAAGUUCUUAGAGGAGCUGGACAGAUGCAUCCUGGCAUAUUUCGCCUUCCAUUGGGACCAUGCUACCUAUCUCAUCAGCUCGGCCUUGACAGUGGACUGCGGUACGACAAACAAGUGGAGGAACGUCUGCAUGGAAGCAACAAGGAAGCAGCGUUUCGAGCGCGUGACGCGUGACCUGAAGGUGACGCGCGUGUUCUCGUCGCUGGUGGAGGAGAUGAAGGCGAUCGGCGGCAUCGCGGCGAACGGCGGCGGCGACGACGACGACGCGCAGCAGUGCACGGACGUGAUGGCCCCCGUGGCGCACUCGGAGCGGAGCCCGGUGCUGCUGCUGAUGGGCGGCGGGAUGGGCGCCGGCAAGAGCACGGUGCUCAAGGGCAUCAGGGAGGAGGCGCUCUGGGCGAACGCGGUGGUGGUGGAGGCCGACGCCUUCAAGGAGACGGACGUCAUCUACCGCGCCAUCAGCUCCAUGGGACACCACAACGACAUGCUCCAGACAGCCGAGCUCGUGCACCAGUCGUCGACGGACGCGGCGUCGUCGCUGCUGGUGACGGCGCUGAACGAGGGGCGGGACGUGAUCCUGGACGGCACCCUCUCGUGGGAGCCCUUCGUGGAGCAGACCAUCGCCAUGGCGCGCGCCGUGCACCGCCGCCGCUACCGCAUGGGCCCCGGCUACAAGGCCGGGGAGGACGGCGCCGUCGUCACCGAGACCUACUGGGAGGUGGACGACGCCGACGGCGCGCCGCCGCCGGGGGCCCGGAGGCCCUACCGGAUCGAGGUCGUCGGGGUGGUCUGCGACGCCUACCUCGCCGUAGCCAGGGGCAUCCGGAGGGCCAUUGUCACCAGGCGGGCCGUCCGGGUCCGGUCCCAGCUCCAGUCGCACAAGCGCUUCGCCGCCGCGUUCCAGAGCUACAGCCGCCUCGUCGACGGGGCCAGGCUCUACAGCACCAACUCCCUGGGAUCCGCGCAGCUGAUCGCGUGGAAGGACGGGCUCAACAGCAGCCUGCUGGUGGAGCCGCGGGAGAUCGACUGCCUGGACAAGGUGAGCAGGCUGAACGAGAACGCCACCUCCGUGCACGACCUCUACCCCGACGGCACCACCACCUGCGGCGCCCGCUCCAUCUGGGAGGACAUGAUCGCCUCGCCGUCGCGCGCCGCCGCCCAGCGCCAGCUCCGGGAGGCCAUCCGCUCCAUCGAGGAGGCCGCCGCCAACGGCGAGACCAAGGCGGCGCAGUGCCACCUCCUCCUGGAGGCCAUCUGCUCCGCGGAGGAGAAGGCGGCCGCCGCCGCCAACGGCACCGAGCCGGAGACACAAGCUGCUGCUACUGCUGCCUCGUAGCAUACUAGCAUGCAUGCAUCAUCGAGCCAGCCAGCAUACAAAUUUUAGCUGCGAAAUUUCUAAGCAUGGCAUGCAAGAAUCAAACUGAAUUUAACUAAAACUGAAGGAUGUUGGAGCGAUAUGAUUCAAAUGAAGCGCUGCGGCAUUUGAGAAUAAGCAAACCAGCAAAUAGCAAUGUCGCAGUAAUCCGUAUAUGUGUGUAUGCCUUCUACAGUUCUACUAAUAUCAUUAUCCAGGCAAAGAUGCCUUCUACUAGUACCGCCCACGGCUGGCUGGGAGAAAUACAAUGAUGGUGGCAGCCCACUACCUCAACCAAUGGAAGCACAUACAGAACCUCUCAGCCGGCUUGAGCAGACGGAUGACCAGACGUCCACUCUCUUCUCUCUCUUGAUCCACGUAGACUCUCAGCCGGCUCUCAGCCACUCAUAAAUACUUGCUCUCACACGAGUGGUGUGUCCUAGGACAUGAGAGGGACAUGGCAACUUUUUUUAAUAAAAAAAAUCUAAGGCCUGGGUCGGGGGAAAGCAAUACAUUUGGGACCAGCCUGCCUUUUGCGGCCCAUCGCCAUUCUGUUGGUCGGUCCUCUUCUCCUCGUGGCGGUUGAAAGUUGAAACCUCCCUACUUGGCCCAUGUAGUAGGCCUGAGCAAAUCCCGUGGCCUGACUCUCAAGUUUUAGUUCCUUUAUGGUUUUCCAUUUAUUCUAGAGAAUGUAAUAGAGUUGAGCAUGCUGUGGCAGUGAUCGAUCAAAUGAUAUGAUGGAAAUAUUCUUAAA